CAUUUUCUGUCUUCUGUUUAAAAGUUUUGUUCUUCCCCUGUCGAUGAAGGCCUGCUAGAAGGGAGGGAGGUUUCCAAAAGAGAGCUUAAAGAGAGGAGGAGAGACGGACAUCCGUCCCUCUCCUUCUCCCUUUCUCUUCUUCUGUACAAUUGGAGCUCCCUUUCUCGCUCUAGUCACCAUAAAAAAGCCCAAUUAAAACGUAAAAAAUGGCGGACAUCUCGCUAGAGCAGAUCAAGAACGAGACUGUUGAUCUCGAGAACAUCCCGGUUGAUGAGGUCUUCGAGCAGCUGAAAUGCAGCAGGGAGGGGCUCACCUCAGCCGACGGGGAGCAGCGUCUCCAGAUAUUUGGCCCCAACAAGCUCGAGGAGAAGAAGGAGAGCAAGCUGCUCAAAUUCCUGGGGUUCAUGUGGAACCCGCUCUCCUGGGUCAUGGAGAUCGCCGCCAUCAUGGCCAUCGUGUUAGCCAACGGCGGAGGUAAACCUCCAGAUUGGCAAGACUUCGUCGGUAUUGUCGUCCUCCUGAUCAUCAACUCCACCAUCAGUUUCAUCGAGGAGAACAACGCCGGGAACGCCGCAGCCGCCCUCAUGGCCGGCCUUGCCCCCAAGACCAAGGUGUUGAGGGACGGAAAGUGGUCCGAGCAGGAGGCUGCUAUCCUCGUCCCGGGUGAUAUCAUCAGCAUCAAGCUCGGUGACAUCGUCCCGGCCGAUGCCCGCCUUCUGGAAGGAGAUCCCCUCAAGAUCGACCAGUCUGCCCUCACCGGCGAGUCCCUCCCCGUGACCAAGAACCCGGGCGACGAGGUCUUCUCGGGCUCCACCUGCAAGCAGGGUGAGAUCGAGGCCAUCGUCAUUGCCACCGGCGUCCACACCUUCUUCGGCAAGGCCGCUCACCUCGUCGACAGCACCAACAAUGUCGGACACUUUCAGAAGGUUCUCACUGCCAUCGGCAACUUCUGCAUUUGCUCGAUCGGCGUCGGCAUGCUCAUCGAGAUCCUCAUCAUGUACCCGAUCCAGCACCGCAGGUACAGGGAUGGCAUCGACAACCUCCUGGUGCUCCUCAUCGGUGGUAUCCCCAUUGCCAUGCCCACCGUGCUUUCUGUCACCAUGGCCAUCGGCUCCCACCGGCUCUCGGAGCAGGGGGCCAUCACCAAGAGGAUGACCGCCAUUGAGGAAAUGGCCGGCAUGGACGUGCUUUGCAGCGACAAGACGGGCACCCUCACCCUCAACAAGCUCAACGUCGACAAGAACUUGAUCGAGGUGUUCGUCAAGGACAUGGACAGGGACACGGUGGUCCUGUAUGCUGCAAGAGCUUCCAGGGUCGAGAACCAGGACGCUAUUGAUGCUUCCGUUGUUGCAAUGCUGGCUGACCCCAAGGAGGCUCGAGCUGGAAUCCAGGAGGUCCACUUCCUGCCCUUCAAUCCUGUCGACAAGCGCACUGCGAUCACCUACAUCGACUCCGAUGGCAGAUGGCACAGGGCAAGCAAGGGCGCCCCGGAGCAGAUCAUUGAUCUCUGCAACCUAAAAGAGGAUGCCAAGAACAAGGUCCACGACAUGAUCGACAAGUUUGCCGACCGUGGUCUGCGAUCUCUUGGUGUUGCAAGGCAGGAGGUGCCUGAGGCUGACAAGGAUAGCGCUGGUGGGCCGUGGCAAUUCAUGGGUCUUCUGCCCCUCUUCGACCCCCCAAGGCACGACAGUGCCGAGACCAUCCGCCGUGCCCUCAACCUCGGCGUCAACGUCAAGAUGAUCACCGGCGACCAGCUCGCCAUUGCCAAGGAAACUGGGCGCAGGCUUGGCAUGGGCACCAACAUGUACCCCUCCUCCACCCUUCUCGGAGAUAAGAACACCGAAAUCACAGGCCUCCCCAUUGAUGAGCUCAUUGAGAAGGCCGACGGUUUUGCUGGAGUCUUCCCUGAGCACAAGUAUGAGAUUGUCAAGAGGCUGCAGGAGAGGAAGCACAUCUGCGGUAUGACCGGAGAUGGUGUCAACGACGCCCCUGCACUGAAGAAGGCCGACAUCGGUAUUGCGGUGGCCGAUGCGACCGAUGCAGCCCGCAGCGCAUCAGACAUUGUGCUGACGGAACCCGGGUUGAGUGUGAUCGUGAGCGCCGUACUGACAAGCCGUGCCAUCUUCCAGCGCAUGAAGAAUUACACCAUCUACGCCGUGUCCAUCACCAUCCGCAUCGUGCUCGGCUUCAUGCUCAUCGCCCUCAUCUGGCGCUUCGAUUUCUCCCCUUUCAUGGUCCUGGUCAUUGCCAUUCUCAACGACGGCACCAUCAUGACCAUCUCCAAGGAUCGUGUCAAGCCUUCCCCUGUCCCCGACUCAUGGAAGCUCAAGGAGAUCUUUGCCACUGGAGCAGUCCUCGGUGCCUACAUGGCGGUCAUGACUGUUGUGUUCUUCUGGAUUGCCCACGAUUACGACAUUGUCCCGCAAACGUUCGGAUUGAAGUCGAUCAGGGACAACAGUGAUGAGCUCACGGCAGCUCUCUACCUCCAGGUGAGUAUUAUCAGCCAGGCUCUCAUCUUCGUCACCCGGUCCAGGAGCUGGUCCUUCGUCGAGCGCCCUGGUCUCUUACUAGUCAUUGCCUUCAUUGCUGCCCAGCUGGUGGCUACGGUCAUCGCCGUCUACGCAUCAUGGGGCUUUGCCAGGAUACAGGGCAUUGGAUGGGGAUGGGCUGCAUUCAUCUGGGUCUACAGUGUUAUAACCUACAUCCCUCUCGACAUCCUCAAGUUCAUCACCCGCUAUGCUUUGAGUGGCAAGGCCUGGGACAACGUCAUCCAGAACAAAACGGCCUUCACCUCAAAAAAGGAUUACGGGAAGGGCGAGAGGGAGGCACAAUGGGCCAUGGCUCAGCGCACCCUGCAUGGCCUCCAGUCCCCGGACACCUCGGGCUUCUUCAACGACAAGAGCAGCUACAAGGAGCUGUCUGAGAUCGCCGAGCAGGCCAAGAGGCGCGCGGAGGUUGCCAGGCUCAGGGAGCUGCACACGCUCAAGGGGCAUGUGGACUCUGUUGUCAAGCUCAAGGGACUGGACAUCGAGACCAUCCAGCAACACUACACGGUUUAGAGGAGGAACAAAGCAAUGUGCCAAUUGAGAGGCCGGGGAUGGAGGGACGAUGUUUUAAUUACAAUUUUUUCGCUACGUCACCUUUGCGGAGAGGAUUGUGGUAUUUUUAAAUAAUUCAAUGGACACAAACUUAGCUUUAGAUCUCUCAACAGAAGGCAAUCGGAGAGAGACUUGCCGAGGCUAUCCUGAAAUAAUUUUAUAUUGAAUAGUAUUUCUUAUGAUACGCCUUCGCUUGUCCCGCUUCUUCAUUCCUCGUUGUCUCCUUUCCUAUUCUUGUCACUUGUUGCUCUAAUACAAGAAAUUUUGGCUACA